AUGAUCAGUGUGCCCUGAUGAUCAGUGUAGCCCCAGCAUUGCCAGCUGUCAGUGCCCAUCAAUUGCAUACCAGUGCACAUCAAUGCCACAUAUCAGUGCCCAUCUGAGAUGCCUUUCAGUGUCACCUAUCAGUGCCAUCAGUGCCACCUAACAGUGCCAGUCGGUGCCACCUAUCAGUGCCAGCUAACAGUGCCAUAUACGAGUGCUGCCUUUCAGUGCCCAUCAGUGAUGCCUGUCAAUGCCCAUCAGUGCCACCUACUAGUGCCUCCUCAUCAGUGCCUCUCAGUGCCACCUAUCAGUGCCCAUCAGUGCAGCCUAUCAGUGCCCAUCACUGCAGCCUCAUUAGUGCACAUCAGU